AUGGGCUUCGAAACGCAGAUCUUGGAUCCCUAUACUAUUCAUAAAACUUCCAUUGAUUCUUUCUUAAAACGGAUCAGAGAAAAGAAUACAUUUAAUUCAAAAACUUUACGACUUCACUUUAUUUUAGGUACUCCGUUUCAUACUAACCGACCAUCUGCAAAAAUCAUUAAUAAUGAUGAUCAGAAUCGGAAUGACGCACGCAUUUUUCCUGAUGCACAAAAAUAUGUACGCAACUGGAUUUGUGGUGAUAUAAUUGGACAAGGUGUUUUUACAUACCAAAAUGGAGGCCGAUAUGAAGGAAACUUUAAGCUUCGUGGUGGUAAAGAAGGAAAUGGCACUUUUUAUGUUGCUGAUGGAGGAAAAUAUGUAGGCAGUUGGAUGAAUAAUUACCCGAAUGGGCAAGGUGCUUUUACAUGGCCUAAUGGAGAUCGAUAUGAAGGUAGCUUUAGAGAUGGUGAAAUGCAUGGAAAUGGUGUUUUCUAUUAUGCUGAUGGACGAAAAUAUAUUGGCAGUUGGAUCAAUGGAAAAUCGAAUGGGCCAGGUGUUUUAACAUGGAACAAUGAGACCCAGAAGAAAGAAUUCUUCAAAAAAAUCAAGAUGCUAAGUGGUAGAGAUAUAGGCAAAAGUUUUCAACGGCCGUUUACAUAUAAUUAA